CCCGGCUCUGGUCUGCCGCCGUGCUUCCUGUGCCCCGGACACCUGUCCUUCGUGCCUUGCCUCGUAGGUUUUGAUGUCGCCAAAACGGGUGAUGCCCGGAUCGGUUUUGUGGGCUUCCCGUCGGUGGGCAAAUCGACUCUGCUGAGUAAUUUGGCUGGUGUGUACUCGGAGGUGGCGGCGUACGAGUUCACGACGUUGACCACGGUGCCUGGGGUCAUUCGAUAUAAAGGAGCAAAGAUACAGCUUCUUGAUCUCCCAGGAAUUAUUGAGGGAGCUAAGGAUGGGAAAGGGAGAGGUCGACAAGUCAUUGCAGUUGCUCGAACAUGUAACCUAAUUCUGAUUGUUCUGGAUGUGCUAAAGCCCUUGGGACACAAAAAGAUCAUUGAGAAUGAGCUGGAGGGCUUUGGAAUACGACUGAAUAGCAAGCCCCCCAACAUUGGCUUUAAGAAGAAAGAUAAAGGAGGCAUCAAUCUCACAGCCACUUGCCCACAGAGUGAGCUAGAUACUGAAACAGUGAAAAGCAUCUUAGCAGAGUACAAAAUUCACAACGCUGAUGUCACGCUGCGGAGUGAUGCUACUGCAGAUGACCUCAUUGAUGUGGUUGAAGGAAACAGAGUUUACAUCCCGUGUAUUUAUGUGCUGAAUAAAAUUGACCAGAUUUCCAUUGAGGAACUAGAUAUCAUUUACAAGGUACCUCACUGCGUACCAAUCUCUGCUCAUCACCGUUGGAAUUUCGAUGAUCUGUUGGAGAAAAUUUGGGACUACUUGCAACUAGUGCGAAUCUAUACUAAACCUAAAGGACAGUUACCAGACUACACCUCUCCUGUGGUGCUGCCUUACUCCAAGACCACAGUGGAGGAUUUUUGCAUGAAGAUACACAAAAAUCUCAUUAAAGAUUUUAAGUAUGCACUGGUUUGGGGUUCAUCUGUUAAACACAACCCACAGAAGGUUGGCAAAGAUCACACGCUUGAGGAUGAGGAUGUCAUUCAGAUUGUAAAGAAAUAAAGUUGUCCCCGAUCAAUUGCCACAACAA